AUAUCGGCAUGCAAAAAAUUUCUCGUUGCCUUGCUUGCAAUUGGCGACAAAACCACAAAAAAGGAACGAAAAACUAGUGUGACGACGAUUCUAUACAAAUCAAAUCGAGAAGCAGCGGUGUAAAGACGACGGCGAUUAUCAACCAUUUUAAAAGAUUUCAGAGCGACUUUACCCUGCGUACACCCAACGACAUUGAAAAACACACACACACACGCAUACAUUAUAGAAGAGAAGCGGCGGCUUGUCAGAGAAACAGAAGAAAAAACGUAGUAGAGAAAAAAAGUUAAGCAAAAAAAAGCAAGAACAAGAACGAAGGCGACCAAGUCGUAACUGAAAUACAGAAGCACAACGACCGACGCCGGGAUUCAAACGAAACUGUUGUUAAAUUGUUAAAAAAUUAACAAACAAGAACGCAGAAAAAGGCAUUAAAACACCUUUUCUCUACAAAUACACAAAAACAACAACAGCAACAGCAACUCUACCACAAAUAAACUAUUUGCACAAUGUCUGAACGGGAAAAUAAUGUGUACAAGGCUAAAUUGGCCGAACAAGCAGAACGCUAUGAUGAAAUGGUUGAGGCCAUGAAAAAAGUUGCCUCCAUGGAUGUGGAAUUAACCGUUGAGGAGCGUAAUCUCUUAUCGGUUGCCUACAAAAAUGUGAUUGGCGCACGUCGUGCCUCAUGGCGUAUAAUUACCUCAAUUGAACAAAAAGAGGAGAAUAAGGGUGCCGAGGAGAAAUUGGAAAUGAUCAAAACCUAUCGCGGACAAGUCGAAAAAGAAUUACGCGACAUAUGCUCGGACAUAUUAAAUGUUUUAGAGAAACAUCUCAUUCCAUGUGCCACCACAGGCGAAAGCAAAGUAUUCUACUAUAAAAUGAAGGGUGAUUAUCAUCGUUAUUUGGCUGAAUUUGCCACCGGUUCGGAUCGCAAAGAUGCGGCCGAAAAUUCAUUGAUUGCCUAUAAGGCAGCUAGUGAUAUUGCUAUGAAUGAUUUGCCACCAACACAUCCAAUUCGUUUGGGUUUGGCGCUUAACUUUUCGGUAUUCUAUUAUGAAAUUUUGAACUCACCCGAUCGCGCCUGCCGUUUGGCGAAAGCAGCAUUCGAUGAUGCCAUUGCAGAACUUGAUACAUUAAGUGAAGAAAGUUACAAAGAUUCCACACUUAUCAUGCAACUGCUGAGGGACAACCUUACAUUAUGGACAUCGGAUAUGCAAGCCGAUGGUGAUGGUGAACAGAAAGAACAAAUCCAAGAUGUUGAAGAUCAGGAUGUGUCGUAAUUUAAGUAAACCCCCCACAAAAACAAAAAAAAAAAACAAAAACAAAUCCUUAAAAACAAAACAAAAACAUACCCCCUAAAAAUACUAUUUGCAUUUCUUAUUUUUAAAACUACAACAACAAGAAACAGAAAAGGAAACUGUUCUCCUCCAGUUACUACACCCAACUGCAGCAAACACCACCCACACAACUACAAUCCCCCAGAAACAAACAAUUCAUAUAAUUCAUGGCUCCCUUCUAUAUUCCUCCCCACCCACCCAACCACUCUCUCCAAAGCAACAAGUACAUAUAAUUAAUAAAAACUAAUUUUCAAUUCGGAAAUACCAGAAACAACCCUCUUUUUUCAUCUUCUCGUUUUCUUUUUGUAUUAAUUAAAUCAAUCAGUCAGUCAGUCAGUGAGUCAAUAGAUCGUUUAUCGAUCCUGCAGAUGCAUGUUUUUUUCUACAACAACAACAACUACUAUUAUUAUUAUAUUAUUAUUAUACAUAUGUAUUUUUUAAAUGUAGUCAUUACAAUUAAAUGUAAUAUUCUAUAUUUUCCACUUUUUAUAGAGGUCACAUUUCUCAUUCGAUUCUUAAAAACAAAACAAAAAAAAAAGCAGUAAAAAAAGUAAACAAAAAUGCAGGAAACCCUAGGGUUUUCUGCUCCCACUCCACCACUCUCUAAAUAAAAGCAAAAAAUUCAGCUCGUUGUCCUUAUUAUUUUGCGACAGGGUGCUGAUACCCUGUGUCAGCAAUUUGCAGCCGCCAACCCCAUUCUCCAAUAAAAAUUACGUUCUCCACCACCACCACCUCUUUCUCCCACACUCCAUCAUUUCUCAAUGUGUGAAAAAGAAAAGCAUUUUUUUGCAUUAAAAUAUAUAAUAAAAAUUAAAUAAUAAAAAAUAUUAAAAAAGUAAAAAUUAUAUAUUAAAUAAAAACAACAACAAGAAUAAAGAACAAACAAACCAACAUCUGGAAAAAAUACAUCAAAAAAUAAACAACAAAUAAAUAAAAAAAGGAAGGAAAAACAAACAAAGAGAUACUAUCAUUUUUUUUUAACAUUGAUGAGAGAGAUUAUAGAGCAAUUGCGCAAAGUGAGAACAGAAAUUGAAUAUUUGA